CCCUUGUGUCUCAAGGCUGUUUGUUAGCCUGAUGAGGCUGAAUGGCCGAACUGUUUCGAUAGUGCGCGUCUACUUCGCGUGGGUGGACAUGCGCUUGCUUGGUCAGUGUGUAGUAACUUAGGGGGUGAACUUUGAUUUUUAUAACCCGAGUUGAUUAGAAAGCAUUUGUACUGAAAGAUUUGUCAUCACAGGCAGUCUCUUUACCUUUUCACCUAAGAAAAGAUAGAAAGACAACAGCUAAGUCGAUAGACAGUACAUCACUGUUAAGUCGAUGUAGUAAACUUUCAAUUGUAGGCCUGUCGCUUGGCAGGCGGUCACUCGUACAAUAUGGCCGCCGUCCCGGAUAAGUUGUUUGAACCGCUUGUAGACGCGAAGAUACGUGAGAAGCUCCGAGCGACGUGCACACCGGGACUAAGAAAAAGUGCAGGAGAACGUAAACAGGGGCCAUUGGUAGUAAAGCAUCCUGACCAUGUCCAUAGACAAGAUGAAAUACCGUUAAAAAAAAACCCACCAUCACUACUACCAGUACUUGACAACUCAAGUUUGACACAGUCUCCAUCCAAGACCAGAUCACCAUCUUUUUCAAAACAUUUGAUUAAACAGCCAAAUGUACCUAUUUUGAACUCAUCAAGCUGUUUGGACAGGACAGUCUCAUACUCAAAGUCAACAAGUAAAUGCUUUACAAAUCUUCAACCGGGUUCACUCACUUUCUCACCUUUUCCUUGCUCUUCUGGACAAUUGCCUUUAAAAACUUCUCUUCCAAAUUCCCCAGAGUUACCUCAAAAUUCCCAAACUUUCUUCAAUAGACAAACAUCGGAACAUAAACCAGUUUCAAACUUAAAACCGAGAUCAUCUGUACCACAGCUAUCUCGUCCACCCUCACCUCACUCUUGUGAGCAAUUAAUUUCAAGAAAUUCUUGUCCUAGUUCACCAACUUUGUCUCAAAAUAGCCACAAGGUUUCAAGUAGGCCAGGUUCACUACUUAAACCAGCAAGCAGUCAGACUGCAAGUCUUCAGCAUGGAUCACUGCCAGUAUCCCGUCCAUCAUCACCUUCUUUCUCUGGACAAGUGUCUUCAAAAUCUUCCCGUCCAAGUUCACCAAAUUUACCGCAGCAUUUCCACAGUUCCUUACAUAAACAAGACAUAACACAUAAGGAAGUUUCAGACUUUCAGCCAAUAUCGUCUGUUUCAGUUUUAACUCAGUCAUCAUUAUCAUUUGAACAAGUGUCUUCAAGAAAUUCACGUCCAAAUUCUCCAAUUCUGUAUCAGAAUUGCCAGAAUUAUACUUCCAGGCCAGAUACUUUAUCUAAAGCAGAUGGUAUACAUGUUUCGAACCUUCGUCCAAGAUCACCAGUUUCAAGAUUGUCUCGGCCAUCAUCACCAGUUUCAAGAUUGUCCCGGCCACCAUCACCUUGCUCUUCUGAUCAAGUGUUGUCAAGAAAUUCACGUCCAAGUUCUCCAAAUCCAUAUCGAAAUCGACAGAACUCUCCUAGUGGACCAAGUUCUCGCCAUCCUUCGUCCUCUGGCUUUAUUGAGCCAAAAGUUCGUUCUCCUAGUGGCACAGGUGACCAUACAUUGGUGGGAAGUAUCUGGAAACGAAUAAGUAAAGCCAAACGAGCUCGUUUGUACUUACUGAACCAGCCUGGUCCUCAUUCAUUUUUAGUUGCUGGAGACUCUCCUGAACACAAGUACAAGGUCAUCAUAGGGCCACAAUCCUGUUCUUGUGGGCGAGGUCCUCAUUGUAUUCAUAUACUCUUCAUUAUGCUUCGGGUAUUUCAAGUUAAUGAAGCUGAUUCAAGAUUGUUUAGUAGAUCGCUGAAAAAUUUUGAGGUAAAUGAAUUGGUUCGUCAGUACCACCUGCGAAAAGAACGACAAGUUCAGGUUGCAAGUCCCAUAAAUCAGCAUAUUUCUACACCAGUAUCACGACCCGUAAACAAGUUGUCUCGGUCUGAAUCAUCGUUACCUGAUGCGGCAAUACAAGAACAACAAAAAAUGAGUGAAGAAUCCACUCUCUGUCCCAUCUGCCUUCUCGACAUGGUUGAAGGAGAAUCUUUGGUCAGAUGUGAACAGGGUUGUCACAACAGACUCCAUCACCAUUGUAUAGCUAUUUGGGCAGAAGAGUGUAGACAGCAGAAUGAACCCAUUCUGUGCCCUCUUUGCAGGAGCCAGUGGUCAUUGCCCAGCAGACUUGAGACAGAAAAGGUGGUGGCUAAAAAUUCUCAGCAGUCUCCUUCAGAACAUCAUGUAACCAUACCAGCUCGUCCUCAUCACUUACCUCUGAUGAGGCCAUACCUUGCAACUUCCAUUUCUCUGCCCAAAACAGAAAGUCUCUCCCAUGCCCAGCAACAACAAGCACAGCCAUGGAUGCAGGUGUUUGAAAAAGACCUGAUAAACUGUCUGUUUUCACGUAACUGGACCGUGCGAGAAACAGCACUGUGUCGAUUGGCUCGGAAAGUUACAUCAAACUUGUCUCUCAAUCAAGAGAAUUCUGAAUCUGGAAAAGAGAACUUGAUAACUAAACAGAGCUGUAGCCGACGUAUCAUCGAAAUAUGUUGUAGCAUCAUGGCCACCAUGGUGUCUGAUCCUGUGUACAAAGUGUAUAUUGCUUGUUUGCGAUGUCUUCGAGCGUUACUAGCUUGUUGCCCUUGUAAAGCUGAAGAAUGUGUAUUACACCUUCAGGAGCAGGUUCAACCUAUUGUUCGAACCAUUUUGUUGAAGUGUGCAGAUGGAAAUAGGAGAACCUGUCAGCUGAGUAUAGCUGCUCUUCUAGAACUUGCACAUGGUCAAGCUGGAGCCCUGGCUGUUGGAACACACACUUCUUACCCAGCUCACACUGGUCUUGGUGGAGUAGGAUUUGUUUUGAAGUGUAUUUUGGAGAAAACCAAAGCAGAUGAAGAACACAGUGUACCAAGUUGGCAGUGGUUGCUUGGAAGGUUAGUUGUUGCCAAGAGGCUUAUGGAGGAGUUUCCUCAAGAAUUCUACCUACUUUAUGCAAAGACCGAUGACAUAAAUGGUGCAAAUACAAGAAAGUUAGUAAACUAUGAACGACUCAUUGGUCUUGUGGAACUAGCUGUAAAAGCGCUGGAUCACUCUCAUACCACUGUGAACAAACUAGCACAACGGGUAUUUCUCCUGGCUUCCAGUUUUUGUGUUCAUGUAGAACCUGUAUUUUGUCAUGUGUAUGACAUGCUUUCGGGUCUGAACAUUAGUCUACAUAAUCACCUUACCAGGAAGCUGCAAAAUAUUGCUGAACAAAAUCACAUUCCUCCGUGGAAUGAUUUUGAAAAGGACAAAGUCAAUAGAGCGAGAACACCAUCAGAAUUUAUAAGUGGUCGGAGUUCAUUUGAUAAUUGUUUUAAUAUUGGAACACAAAAAAGAUAUGAACGAUAUUUGUUGGCUGAAAAACUGGUCAGUGAAUCAAAAUGUGACAUUUUUGCAACAUCGAAAGAUACAAAAUCAAGAUAUGGGUUCCGAAGUGCUCCUAGUAGCCCAUCUCACAUCCAGAACAAUAAACUGUUUCUCAGAUUUAAACCUCUGAAAAUGGUGAAAGGAAAUUGUAAGAUAAAGGAUCUUUCACAGUCUCACGUGUUAGGAACUCCCAUUUCUGUACCUAAUAUACCAUGCAAGGUGGGGGGUAGAAAUUGUAGCACUAGUUUGAUUAAGCCAGAUAGGACUAUUUUGUCAGAAUUUGUGCCUUCUGUGUGCUUUCAAGAAGAAACAAACUGUACUGUUGGAGAGUUAAUCGACUUAUCUGUUCCUUUGGUUUCUGGAAGUACUCCUUCAUGUAGUUACCCUCCAAUUUCUUUCCAUUCUGAAAUUGGUACUCCUCUCUCUCCAACUGCUGCCCCUUCUCAAGUCACUGACUCAACUCCUGAAAGAAUGGCAGAAACUAAAGAGCCAUCCAACCAGAGUAAAGAAGACGUGACUUUCAAAAAAACAACUAUGUCAGUAGUGUCGAGGAUCGGGACUGAAUCACAAUCUUCACUGCCUUUGAUUCCUGGACUUAGAGAGUUUGCUGAAGAAGAUAUCAUUAUUAAGUUGCAACCAAAUGAGGAUCAGAGAGACAACAAUGCAAAUGUAGGAACAUAUCUAGAACAAAUACACUGGAGAAAAGGACACUUGUUGGGUACAGGAUCAUUCAGCAGCUGCUACCAAGCUCGGGACUUAAGAACUGGCACAUUAAUGGCUGUGAAACAAGUGUCUUUCUGCAGAAACUCGGAUGAGGAACAGGAGAAGGUGAUGGAUGCAAUCAGUGAGGAAAUAGUCUUGAUGGCUAAGUUGGAUCACCCCAACGUCUUACGAAUAUUGGGAGCUACUCAACAAAGUGGGCACUAUAAUGUCUUUAUAGAGUGGAUGGCUGGAGGAUCAGUAGAAUCUCUCUUGGGUACCUAUGGACCCUUUUCUGAGCAGGUGAUUGUUCGAUAUACCAGACAGGUUCUCGCAGGCCUGACCUACCUUCAUGACAACCAGAUUAUUCACCGAGAUUUGAAAGGUGCAAACUUGUUGGUGGAUAGUACUGGCCAUCAUCUAAGGAUUGCUGAUUUUGGUGCAGCUGCAAAACUUGUGUCACACACUACAGUAGCUGGGGAGUUCAAGGGACAGCUUCUUGGUACUGUAGCCUUCAUGGCCCCUGAGGUCCUACGUGGUGAAAACUAUGGUCGAUCUUGUGAUAUUUGGAGUGUGGGAUGUGUCAUGAUUGAAAUGGGAACAACGAAACCACCCUGGAAUGCUGAUGGUGUAUUUAACCAGCUGGCAUUGAUUUUCAAGAUUGGAAGCUCUACAUCACCACCACCAAUUCCAGACUAUUUUUCACCUGUUACCCAAGACCUGGCCUUUAGGUGUCUUGAGAUCAUAUCAGAAAAACGACCUACAGCUAAAAAACUUUUGCAUCAUCCAUGUUUUCACUUAUUUCCUACUUAGACAGAUGGGUAACAAGAGAUAGGGCCUUGAUUUUCUGUUUCAACGUGAGCUGGAAAUGGUUUAAAACCAUCAGUAAUCAUAUAUGUCUAUAAUCAAUUCAGGUUUCUAUAUAUAUAUAUGUGAAAAACUUUCAGACUUACAAGAGUGCCAAAUUUAUUUUAUAAUUCUAUAUUUUUGAGCUACCUCCAGGCAAUGAAAGUAUUUCACUUUAAAACUCCUUUUUUUUUUGGCCUUCCAAGACAACUCUUGUGGGACCAGUUUUUUAAAAAAUCCAAAGUUAAAGGGGGCCAUUUUAAAUGAAAGUUUAGUAGACCAGAUAACUUCAAUUCUGUAUUUGUAGUCAGAAUAACAAGAUAGUUGUUAUUAGAAUUUUGUACACUACCCGUAUAUUUGUACUGUCAGGUUAUAGGUUUUGGAUAGAGCAGAAAUUUGUAACAUAUCAAAACCACUCUUCGUUAUCCAUUCCAUAUCAAAAUGGAAUCAAUUUUGGUGGAACAAUAUAUAUAUUUUGUGAAGUUAAUGUUUACCCAAUUAUAUAAACAUUAGUUUUUUUUAAUGGUAAAAAAAAUAUUUUGAUAAUGAAAAAAAGUACUAUUAAUCACUGAUGUGUAUUUUCUUGUAACUAAUGAAGGGUAGGUUUAUUUUACAUUCUGCCAACCAGUAUUACUUUGUGUUGUUUUAUAUAUCUGUGUAUGUUUGUGUACAUAACACCUAAUAAUUGUUGCUGAAUAUUGUUUCAUGUUAAGUAAAAAAUUUUCCAAUUUAAUUUUAUCCAAGUACAAGUUUGAAUGUGUAAAUUAAUUUACACAAUUUUUAAAUUAUUAUUAGUAUUCACUUACUCGGAGGAGCCUCGGUUAUUAGGUGGAUUUGUAUGAGUACAGGUGCUGGUGGCUUAGAAUGUUACCAAACAACCAGUUUGGUCUAUGUAGUUAGGUUUCUGUUUCCAUAUAUAUUGUUACUUAAUAUAAAGUAUUAUUUUUCAUCACUGUUUAAUUUAAGUGUUCUUUUUUUCAUACCUAGAUAUGUAUGGUAGGAAAAUUACUCAUCCAUAUUUAAUAUUUUUGGCAUUGUUAUUUAGUGUGUUUAGUGACAAUAUUUAAUCUUAUAUAACUGUAAAAGUACUUACUUAAAAAAAUUUCAUUUUCACCAUAAUUUUGGGCUUCACUAUUUGUAUUUUUUACAACAACCAAAAUGACAACUUCCAUAUUUGUGUUAGUAAUUUAAAUUUUUUCUUUAUUUUUUGUUUCUAUGAAAUUAAAUAAAAUUGAAAAUUUAAGUAUUUUACAAGUAACUGUUUUGCAUUGUGAGUAAACAGUGAAACAUAAUCUUAGGUCAGAAUUAAUCUCAGCCAGAGAUUUGUUCUGCUCAUUACAUUUUAGACAGAUGCUCUAGUAGGAAAAAUAAUUUCAGUGUAAUGUCUUCCCAAGUAGUCCCACCUAAAAACUAAAUGGACAUUCAAGUAUUUGCAGUAAACAUCUCGUUAUAACAGAUGACAGUAUAAAAACCAGCUUUUAAAAAACUUUUUUAGAAAAUUAUCUUUUUUAACUUUAUAAUUACUGUAAUCCUCGGUGCCUUGAUCUUUCUUUUUAAUAUAUGUCCUUAUUUUGUAACAAAUGGUGGAGGAACGUUAUUUUAUAUGAAAUGUUUCCAGUGCAUUCUGAUAACUUUUUCUAUGUUAUUUGAUAAAAUAUGUUUAUAUGUUCUGUAAUUCUAGUUAACUUUCGAGUGCCUUUAGACUGAUCUACACAUGUUGAAAGAGGUCAGGGUAUAUACACAGUUGGUUGCCAAAUACCCCAAUGUAACAUAUUAUUAAUGUACCUGUUUUUAUAAUCAGUGUUUACUGUCGUAAUGGUAUUCACAUGCAAUAACUGUUCAGGAGUUUCUGUAAAAAAACAUAAGAAUGAUGUCUUAUGGUUUGUCUAGGAAAUGCAUUGAGACUAGAGUAAGUAAAACUAAGUAUGAUAGAUACUUAUAAAAUUAAAUUGUAACUGUUCUUGAAGAUUAUGGAGUACAAAAAAAGAGCAUCUAACAUCUGUAAUAAUCAGAUAUAAUCUGAAAAUUUUUACAGAAGUCCCAAGUGUCUUACUAUGUCAUUGUUAUGGAUCUAAAGCCUGUUUCCUCAGUAUUGGUGGAUAUUUAAUAAAACAGUAGCACUUGAAAUGGCUAGGAAAAUUAUCUGUAUUGUUAAAAAACAAAAUAUGAGCAAAGCAAGAAAAUAAUCAUUUUUAGCUUUGGUCACUUUAUAAAAGUGAUAGUCAUGUUAUUUGGUUCAAAGAGCCAGAUAGUUCUUGUGGUAGUGGGUACUUCUGACUGGUCAGUACUUCAAAAUUAGUACUCAGUUUAAAAAAUUUGAAAUUCUGUUUGAUUAUAUUAGAACAACCACAUACUACAACGUGUGUAUAGCAAGUACUAAGGCACUGUGGGAGUGUAGCGAAACAGACUUUAUAAGAAUUUGUACUAAAUAUCAUCAUAUAUAUUUUCUUGAAGAACUUUAAAUGUGCCCUAUGAAAAUUUAGUUCCUUGAAAGAAAUGCAUUGAAACAUUUGAAAUUUGUAUUUUUUCAUAGCAUAUGAAGAUAGAGUAGAAAUACUUUGUACUUGAAGUAGCAUUGAUUGUAGUGACUUUGUAGGUUUACAGUGUAAAAUACCUAAUAAAAUUACUAUUAUCAUAUAUACAUACAUAAA